CCGGUCUAAAAACGCAUCGAUACGUACCCCCAAAAUUCUACCUACCAAAGGCAGACCACAUUAUUGUUUGAGCAAGCCCCAGCCUCUUUCUUAUCAGAACCUUUUACGCCAAACAACUCCACCCAAUAUAUCCGUCUCGCAGGUCCCACGACAAUUUCUCGACUUCCUUGCUAGUAGCCGUUUCGUCUGGUUUCGGUGACUUCUCCCCGGCACAGCCCUCCUUGCACUCCAGCUCUUAUCCACCGUCUCCAUCGCAUCGGUCGAUCGCCUGCAACUCUCCACCCUCUUAUCACCCUGAGACUCUAAUCCUCAAGGGUAAGGGCCAUUCGGAGAUCCAUCACUGCCAAGCAGUACGUCUAAUAAAACAGCCGUACCCCCAAGCGCCGCAACUAUGGCGACCUCCACCGAGCAGUAUCGUCAAUAUCCACCAGCGCCGGCGAAUUAUCCGGCGCAAGAACAUUAUCAGAGGCAGCAAUAUCAAGCAACUGCCCCGGCCUCGCCGCGCAAAACUACACAGAACCCGCCCGCUCACAGCCGAACCUUCAGCUUUCAUUCUCAAAAAUCGCAUAAGAGCUCUGGCAGCAAAGACUUACACGAAACCCACGCCGAGAAGGAAGCGAAGCGUUUACACAGCACAGCGGAUCCCACAUUUGCUUUGAACGAAGCAGAGCCCUCUGCAGAAGCCGCCAUGAUGACCGAGUCGAAUUUCGCUCCGUUGCGAUCUAUGCAACACAAAGACCCAUAUGGCAACUCCAUUGAGGAUCCCGACAAGUCGAACCCAACAAGAAACAGAUGGGAGCGUCCACUCGACACUAUUCGAAGUUUCGAGGCUGCGAUUGACGGGGGAUACUCGCGCAAGUCGCUUUACCGAGCUGAAACAGAUUCGCAAGCCAACUGGAACAGGCGGAACAGCUCGUAUAGUAACCAGCCACGAUUCCCUCGCGACAGCUACUAUGGCAGCCGGCCAGUGUCUCUCAGGCCAGAGGGUAACCAGUACGAUACAGGGUCCCGAAGCAACUAUUUCGAUGGUCAAGCUUACAGCAACGGUUAUGGCACUGGUCCGUCGCGGCAACGGAUGUCUAGAAUGCAAUCAGAGCCGCAGUACCAGACUGGACACGACCAAACCAUCUAUCCUUUACCCAACAAAGAUCGAUCUUACGAGACCGUAACUUCUGCUGCAGGGAGCGGCAACUCAGACCACGCAGGUUAUCAGACAGACCCUACGAGCAGCGACAACAGCUCAAUUGAUCGGACGAUGCCGGCUAAGCGCCGUGAACCUUUCAACGAGUAUGCGUCGAGUUCCUCCCAACAACAGCCAGCGAAUCAAUCACGCCCCUGGCCGGCUCCCGGCAUGAAUAGCAAUGGUAGCCAUCCUCAGAUGCCGCCGCCUUCCCAUGCGCAAUAUGCUCCAGGCCAUGACCAGGCUCCAGUUCCACCUCAGAAACAGAAGAACACUCUUUUGAGGAGAACAUCUACACAGCAAUCAGCACAACAGCCUCAGCAAACAGCUGGCGGGGACAAGCGCAAGAGUUGGUUUUCUCGUAGGUUCAGCAAAAACUCUUGAAAACCCAGCGAUUCGGCAACGAUCAUACACGUUUGGAAUGUACAUACGUAAACAUUUCGCAACAUCCACCCACUCUCCUUUGUCGAUACCCGUUUCUUUGAUGUUCAGCGUCGGAAUGCCAUGAUCACACAGCGUUUAACAGUUCAUGUUCUACUCAACGAAUUUUUUUACGAUGGACGCUGGAGUAUACUGCCACCACUUGCGAUUUGUCUUUGCAAUGGGACCGGAUGAGCGAGCUUUGUUUUUCACUCUAGUCAAAUUGGUUUGAGGUGAGGAUGGCUAGGGGUCUUGCCAUUAAGACAAGGCGACGCAUUUCAAUUUAUGACGGGAUGGUACAUUAGCACACGAAACUGUACGAGGCAGGCGUUGGCGGGCUAAACUUUGUGCAACUGGUUCCUUGGAGGAUAAUCCUUGAGAUGCGAAGCGAAGGCUGGAUCUACCGCCACGAUCACCAUUAAUUACACCUACUCCCUGAGACGCACAUAGCAUAUACACGUGGCUGUAGAAAUCAUCCAGACAUGACGGCCUGCCAAAAGGCACGCUCAUAAAGAUGACAUGAGAAAAUAAUUGACAUUAAUGACUCAACUAAUAGUCAUGUGCAAGAUUCACAGUUGUUUGAAGUGAUUUUUUUAGCGGUAGUAAGAAACCGCUGGUUGG